AUGUUUGUCGUCACAGCCCUAGCUUGUAUCAACACCGUCAACAUCCCGACAAAAUACCACCCAACAAGCUAUCGAUACGCAAUGUCGGCAUACGGAACCAUCGGCACAUAUGAAGACGACAUCGAGCUCGAACAGAUGGCUCCUGACGAAAGGGAACGCGUCGUGUUGAGGAUGCCACUCGAGCAGCAGGAGUUCUCGGUCCCUGUCAUCGUUGUGAUGUUUAUCGCCACGUUUGCCAUCAUAUUUUGGACAAUUUGGUUCCUCGCAUCGCCUCCGAAUAAAUAUCACCACGGUGGAGGCGGUUCGGACGGUGAUUCCGGCUGGUUUUGA